GUGAAGGUGUGAAACAAACAGACAUCAGUUUAUUAAUCGAGAUUCUUUCAAUAUAUUCAGUGUGUGCCUGUUGUUCCAUUCCGAUGCAAUGUGAUUUCGGUUCUUAUUUUCGAUUGCAAUUGAAUCGUUUCCAGUUAUAUAGAAGUCAUGCAGAAGUUUCUGUUAAAAAAUUGAAAAAUGUUAGCCAUCAGUCAAGUGUGUUUAGUGUUAGUAGUGUUUGUUGACGUGAUAAGCACCUCGGUUUUGUUCAACAAAGACUCAAUUCACCACUUUAUGGACGAAAAAGAACUGCAAUAUUACUUCGGUACAGAAAGUAAAUUUCAUGUCCCGCACUACGAAGUGAUUGACAUUGCAGCAAGAGAACGACCGGAAAAUGAAAUCGAGGAUACCGUGCACUUUAAUCUGAAAGCUUUUGAUGAAGAGAUUCCCUUAAAAUUGAAAAUUAACAAAAAUUUAGUGUCGCCCUUUAUGAGAUUUGUGGAAAAAUUUAAUGGGACCGGAGAGAGAGAGCUACAUGGAAGGUCCAAUGAUUGCCACUAUCUACAUAAUGAUGAAGAAACGUCUGCAGCUAUAAGUGGAUGCAGCAGUAACAAUAUCAAUGGAAUCAUCCUGCGACCAUCUAAGUCUUACGAAGUAAAAUCGUUAAACGACCGAUUGAAAUCAAUUUUCAAUGGUAAAAACCCCGAUCGUAAUGCUACAGACAACUUUCACAUCGUCAAAAUCAUCGACAAUUUCUUCUCGAAUGAAACAAAUAAUUUUUUCGUUAAUUAUCCCGGCCAACCCGAAUCGAUACGACAACUUUCACGGAAGCUACUUCGACUUCCUACAGCCUCUAAAGUUCGUCGGCCAAUUUUACCCGAGCGAAGAGGGCACAAAAUUAAACGUGGCACAAAGGAGCGUAAGACAACUGUUGAAAUUGGUGUAUUCUUUGAUGCAGCUGCUUAUCACACAUUUGCACCGUACUUCGAUUACGAUAGCAAUAAGAUACGGAACAUGCUUCUUGCGUACAUCAAUGGAGUUCAGUCACUGUACCAUCAUCCAUCCCUGGGCACACCGAUUGAUUUAACCAUAGUCUAUAUGGAAAUUAUGACAUCCCAGCCAGUCGACUUACCACAUUAUCAUGGAGAAAGAGGUUCGUUGUUGGAUUCCUUUUGCAAUUAUCAGAAGAAUAUCAAUCCAGAAGACGAUAAAAAUCCGAACCAUUGGGACAUGGGACUGUAUAUCUCGGGCUUAGAUUUCUUCGCUUACGAAAAUGGACAACGUUCAACAGUCACUAUGGGUCUGGCGGCUGUCGGUGGAGUGUGUAUUGAUCAGUAUGCGUGUGUUAUUGCUGAAUUCGGAACAAAAAAUGUUUUUGGAAAACCUUAUCCGUCUGCAGGCUUUACUUCGGUGUAUAUAAUGGCGCAUGAGAUAGGACAUAAUUUGGGUAUGCAUCACGACUCGUCUGGAAAUUCUUGCCCUAGUGAAGGAUACGUUAUGUCCCCAUCGAGAGGUACACAGGGCGAAACCACUUGGUCAUCAUGUAGUGCAGACGUUGUAAGCAAAAUAAACUACGAAUACAGUUGCUUAGAUGACAAACCUCCAUCCGUUCCAAUUGACUUCAAUUCAUGGAAAUAUGAAGGAUUUCCGGGGCAGGUGUUCACAGCAAAGAAGCAAUGCGAACUGUUGCUAAUCGACAACGAUGCUGUCGUCUCUCAAACAAACGGUUACCAUCAAAUCUGCAACAACUUACACUGUCGGUCACCACAUCGUAGUGGUUAUUAUUUUGCUGGUCCAGCACUGGACGGAACAGAUUGCGGACCGGAUAAAUGGUGCGAAGGUGGAGUAUGCGGGAAAAAACGACCGUUUGUGAAACCUAUAGAAUAUGUGAAAGGAGGUUGGAGCGAUUGGAUGAAUGGAACAUGCAAGUCGGAUUGUCUGAUGGAUGGGUUGGGUCACCAGCGACGAGAGAGAAAGUGUGACAACCCGACACCGGUCAAUACGGACGAAGGAUGUUCAGGACCCGCUUAUACAAUGGCACUUUGCUCUGAUUCAGAGAUUUGCAGUGACAGUGAUAGACGAUCAGUUAUUGAUUUCGCUACAGAUAAAUGCAGGGAGUUCAGCAAAAUACUGGACGAUCUUGAUCCCGACGGAUUUGGUCUUCAGGCUCCACAUGAAUACUCUCGACUUUGGAUGGGCUGUGCAAUUUUUUGCAAGCGAAAAAACUCCGGCGCUUAUUACACGCCCAGAUUUGAACUGAAUGACCUAGGUGCCGAUCCGUAUUUCCCCGAUGGAACUUGGUGCCAUGCUGACGAAUCACAAAAUUACUACUGUCGUCAGCACCAUUGUCUACCCAGAAAUUUCGAAAUUACAAAACUAAACUUUUGGGAUUUCAUCAGUGAAGACCUACCAGGUUCGUGGAACGCUCGUCCAAAUGCACUGCCGUUGGAUGACAAAAUCAUCCAAUACCUUUCCAUCGACGAAAAUGGUAAGCCGCUGCUUACACAUCUCGAUUCGAAUGAGCUGCCCAAAGAAAAUGAUGAGGACUGGGAGAGCAAGGAUUAUGUUGAUUUGCCGCAUCAACAAAUGGAUGAAGCGUAGGGAUUAAUGUGCGUUUCAAACGGGUUCAAGGGUCACAACACAAAAUCACAAUUUAUUAAAACACAAUUCGGUUCUUAAAAUUAGACAAUUGCAGAAAACAGUAGACGAAGAUGAACCUAGAAUGUAUUCUCACUACUUCCUACCAAUCUGCGAGCAUAUCAUCGCGGCAUGUUGUUAUUCUUCUGUUUAUCAACAGAUUGAUAUGAAAACUUUUACUUUAUUAGUUAUGGCAAAUUAUAUUGCUAUAAAAGUACGAAAAAGCCUGAGGUUGUCGCAUUCAUUAUCCUUUGUCCGCCUCUCUAUAACCUUGAAACAGUUAAAGUCAACCAAAUUUGUGCGUGAGAUUGAUUCAGCUUGUUCACCCACACUCAUAAACUUUAUUAGUAGAAGAUAAUUCAACAUAAUUGAAUCCUGGCUUUUUUUACGUUACGAUUUGGCAACGGGCUGAGGAUACAUACACAAAGCUCAGAACGAUCACAAAUACUAUAAUGCCUGCCUAUGAAAUCUAAUCUAAGAGCUGAAAUGCCUAAGAAAUCAAAGUCUAGAUCUCAAAUGCUCAAAAUAAAAUUCUGAUUGCUGAAAUACCUACAAUCUCAAAGCUCAGAUCAAAAUCAAAUUUCAGCAAUCAGAAUUUUAUUUUGAGCAUUUAAGAUCUAGACUUUAAUUUCUUAGGCAUUUCAGCUCUUAGAUUAGAUUUCAUAGGCAGGCAUUAUAGUAUUUGUGAUCGUCCUGAGCUUUGUGUAUGUAUCCUCAGCCCGUUGCCAAAUCGUAACGUAAAAAAAGCCAGGAUUCAAUUAUGUUGAAUUAUCUUCUACUAAAGUACCAUGUCAUAGACGGCAAAACCAUACAUAAGAGACCCAUAAGCUAAGCCGUUUAAUAAAUUGGACCAGCUGGUAAACAUGAUGUAGUAAACUUAGACACAAAUUUGGUUGACAUUAACUGUAGUAAAAUUUUAUCAAAAAUCGUAAUGAUCUGUAGCCAGUCCGAUUCAGUACUCAGUUAUUUUGCGACACUUUGUCUAAAAUUAUCGAUAUAAUCAAAUAAUGUGUGUCAAUAACUUUUCAUAGAUGACAAGCAUUGAAGUAGGAGGUGAGCAAUGCCUAUGCGCAUUUCUAUAUAAAACGAAGUACUAGACGUCAACUAAUGCUUUCAUCAUCGAAACGAUUUUUUUCUCCGUUGAAUCUAAACAGCUCUCUAGCAGCCGGGUACACGUUGUUUAAAAAAUUAGAAUCACUAAAAUCUGGAAGUGAAAUGGUUUUUUACAGUACUAUCAAGGAUGCAAAAUCUUUUACUUCAAUUGUUUUAACAAAAAAAAUGCAAUAUAAGACCGUCAAAGUUCAUCGUUUAGUUUUUAUGGUCCUAGUCGACAAUAGAUGACAUUAUGAGCAUUACGCCAACAACUGUCUUUCAUCAUCUCGUCUAUUUAUUGACAGUGGAAUAUCGGUUUAUUAUUGAAAGGUCAGGAAAACUUUCACAUGCUUCCUGGUCGAAAAUCAUUUUUUCCAUCAAUUUUCAUCAGACUGCUUUAACAUGUAAAAUCCUGAUAAACUCUGAUAAAAGUGAAACUUGGCGCUUUUGCGUGGUAACUGAACUAGGCUUCGCCAUCGGAUCAACAAAGUUCACACGAAGACUCUUCUUUUCAAUUUUUUGUCUUUCGUUAUGAAAAGUUCAGUUUUCGUGAAAAUUUUUAUUCCGAGGCGUAGCCAAGGUCAAUAAAGACACAAAAAGGAGACUGGAUGGAGAUUACAUGAUGAGGGCGUAAACGGGUUUCAAGCAAAAAACAACAUUUCUAAGUAAGGUAAAACUCAGGAUCAGAGUUAACCCUUCUGAGAUUAUUUUCUCCAUUACAUUGUCGGAUCUCUCUUUUAGAUUUAUAUCGAUAUCGUGUCACUUAACAUUUAAGCACAAAAACUUAAAUUUAAAAUUAAAAAUAUUUUUCGAUC